AUGGAGUUUUGCAAUGAGCCUACCGAGCAUACCGAGCAUACCGACACCGAACCUCAGCCCGACCCCUUUGAUAAGAUUGACACCACAGCUGACUGUCUCGAGUGUGGUAAGAAGUUCUGCCAUUGGCAAAUGCUCACGACGUUCAGUGAGGAUAAACUGAAUUUACUUCCCGAUGAGUUCUAUCACUAUGACAGUGAUAAGUGCUAUGAGACUGCACAGCAGUAUUGCAUUCCUUGUGCUACAAAGCUUAUAGCCGAAGCAGAGGCGGAGGCGGAAGCGGAAGCGGAACGCGUCAAGGAAGCGGAACGCGUCAAAGCGGAAGCUGAGGCUGAACUAUGCUCUUGUGAUUUCUGUGAAGGUUGCAUCAAAGAAGUUGAAAAAGACACUGCGCAAGUGGAAAAAGUGGAACAAGACAGUGAAGAGGACAGUGAAGAUGAUGUUUCUUGCUAUUGGAAACAGGGAGCUUUAAAGCAUGUUGAGCGCAUGCAGGCUGAAAUAGACCUUCCUGACAAUAUGAGUGAUCAUGACGCUUUUGCGGAGUGGUUGAAAAACUCAGGCUUGGAAUUGGACCACGCUCCAAAUGAAGACCAACUUACUUACCUAAAUCUAAUAUGGUCCGAGGAAACUGGAGUUACAGAAGAGGGCAACCUUGGUUUUCAGGGGUAUUUAUGUUUCUUGGACCACGACCUUACCCAAGUUGAUGAUAAACUGAUUGGUGGCUUACAAGAAUUGGAAAGCGGCUUUAGUCAUCUUGAAAUGUGUCAAGAAGUUAUUGAUAUCAACAACAAGCUGAAGCAAGGCUCAUUUGAUCUAAACACUUGGCUCGAUGAAAUUAAAGACAGUGAUGAAAACUCUAAAGACAGUGAAGAAACCUCUCAAGAACUUCCUGAUAUCUGCGACGUCCCAGUGGAUUUCCAACUGCCGCGGCAGGGAGGCGCGCGGCGCGGCGGUCACGAUGACGGUGGCGACGACCUGGUAGUCCUUCCCGGGCCGCCAGGGGACGCCACCCCGCACGCGGCGCGCGAGGCGUCGCAGCUGCGGCGAUCGUUCUUCAAAUCGGACCUCGGCGCGACGACCGCGAUGAGCAGGUGCGAGCAUUCGUUAAAACUCUCAAAAAAAGAAGUCAUCGCCAUUGGGCCGCCCCGCGCCCCUGCGCGCGAGAACCCCGCCGGCAUAGACGCCGGAGAACGUGUCGGAACAACCGCGCGUCGCCGCAGUGGCGCCAGUCCUCGACCAGACGCCUACCGCGCCCCCGCGCGCGGCCGUGUUUUUAUGUCGAAGCGGACCCGCGCGUCCGCGGGCUCCUACGAGACCGUCGUCGAGGCGUUGAAUUUCUUCCAGGGCCAGCUGUUGUGCUCGCGCGCGAAGGUCUCCAGCACGGGCCAGGGCCGCUACGCACCGGACGCCAUCGGCAUCGAGGCGGACACGUGGAAGAAGCACUGGAGCGCCGUGAAGCAGGACCCGCGGUUCACGCGCGUCGGCAUGGGCACGAUGGACUCCGACGGGCUCUUCAAGGGCGGCACCUGGUUCUACUGGGGCAACGCGCCCGACAACCUCCUCUACACGGGCGAGCACGCGGCCCACGCGGACUGGGUCGACGUGGCCGCCAUGCUCAUGGCCUCGGGCCCCCCGCCGGCGCCCAAUACGCGGCGGGCCGAGGCCUACGGCAAGCGCCACAACAAGGGCGUCGUCACGGCGCCCAUGGAGCCCGUCGACACGGCGCCCGCGGAGCCCGUCGAGGACUCGUCGAGCGACGAGGAGGAGGACCCCGAGGUGGCGGCGGCCAUGGCGCCGAAGACGCCCAAGACUCGCGCGCGCUACACGGCGCCGCCGCUCGCCGAGCAGCUCCCGCUGACGGCGGCCCUCCUGGGGCGGAACAAGAGGCUGCGGACGGCGACCCCGGACUUGAAGAAGCGCACGCACAAGGACGACGAGAUGACGACGAGGCUCUUGGCUACCGAUGAAUGCAUUCGAACAAACAACAAGGUCGACACCGGCGACCCCGACCAGGCCGCGUCGAUGUUGCACACGCUCGCGUCGCACUACGACUGCCACCUGCAGCUCAUGCAGCUCGGGGGCAAGGGCAAGUACCUCACGGCCCGCGACCUCAUGAGCUACCGCUUCAAGCUGAAGCUCCGCAUGGAGCGCCUCAUGCCCCUCGUCAAGGGCUUGGCGAAGGACGACAUGGCGUGCAAGUGGGACGACUUCACGGCGUUCUACGAGGGCUUGCCCUACGAGGAGCCCCAGAUGCUCAAGGCCCUCUGCGGCGUCGACCUCGACGGCGGCGCGGCGCGCAUGGUGGCCUACGACCAGGUGCUGGUCCGGCUCCUCGAGUCGCGCGUCGCGCACGAGCACGACAUGUUCAACUUCGGCUUCCUCGACGCGGACGGCAAGCCCUACUGGCUCAGCUCCUUCGGCGCGGACAAGGCCAACGCCAACGCCACCACGGCCAUCGAGCUGGGGCUCGCGCGGUGCCACAACUUCAAGCGCCACCUCAACGCGCCGUGGGCCGCGAUCGUCACCUACAUGGGCGCGCACGACGAGGGCUUACGGGAGCUGCGGACCUGGUUGACCGAGGCGACCAAGCCGAUGGCCAAGCUCUGCAAGGACGGCCUCCAGUUCAGAUGCCCCGGGGAGUCGGUCUGCAACGCGUGCCGUGCGGGCGUUAAACUCGUCGACGGACGGCACGACGUCGAUCACAAAAUGGCGCUCGUCGCGGACCAGCUCUGGAGCCGGGGCGCCAAGGGCUUCAAGGUGGCCUGCUGCCAGGUCUGCGGCUACAACAGCGCUGAGAACCACGACGGAGACGACGCCGCCGCCGAACGGCCGAACUACGAGCUCGCGGACACGCUCAAGGCCAACGACUCGUUCUUCGCCUACUACGCGGAGUGGGAGAAGGACACGGGCGACGUGACCUUCGAGAAGUCGCGCUUCUACUCCGCGUUCCAGGCGGAGUACCCGGGCCGCGUCGGCCCCGACAUGUUUCCUUUCAUUCCGCCGCUCGCGUGCGUCGACGACCCCGUCCACCUGGGCCUGUCCUUGUGCGCCAAGGGCGCACGCGACACGGUCGUCGCCUUCGCCGUGCGGCUCGAGUCGCAGGACGGCACGGGCGUGACGAGGCUGCUCUCUGCGCUGCGCCUCGCCUCGCUCCCCGCGGUCGCGCGGCGCAUCGAGUACGCGCUGGCCGACUUCUCGGACUACCACAAGCGCGUGCGCAACGCGGAGGCGGGCGCCGCGGCGCCCAUGGGCGAGCUCAUCGAGAACUACGUGAAGCCGCUGAAGGUGGCGCGGCUCAAGCUCGAGGCGGAGGACCUGAACAUAGACUCGACCGGCAGCAAGGAGGAGCUCAAGCACCGCGUUCUCGGCAAGCUCAAGGAGCGGGCGGCGUCGCUCGACCCGGCGGCGCUGGUCUUUGGCGACCGGCUGACGUACGCCGCCAGCGUCGCCGAGGUGACGCUCGGAGACGCGGCGCGGCACUGCGCCGCGUACAAAGUGACAGGCGCGCAGCUCACGGCCAUCAUCGGCAAGCGCCUGAAGCUCAUCGGGCGGGAGGUAAGGAUUCUUUUUAACACUCACAACCUCCUCAUCAGGGCCAUGGACCCGAGCAGCACGCUCAUCUCCGAGAACCUCGACGCGGCGAUCAAGGUGAAGGAGUCGGAGAUGGACGAGCUCACGCGCCAGAUCAAGGGCAUGGAGGAGGACCGCCACGGCGGCGCGAUGGACAAGGACGAGGCCAUCGAGGAGGCCACGGCGAAGCUCGACGACAUGAUCGACGAGCUCGAUUUGAUGAUCGUCGACCAGGGCACGGUGAACCGCGGCGAGCUGCCGCUGGACCCGCUCCUCGCCAGGUACGGCGAGUACUGGCGGCUGCUGGUCGCGGCCAUCAAGCCCUGGGUCGCGCCGCCGGCGACGAGGCCCGAGAAGUUCGCGGCGCUCGAGGGCAACGAGGCCCGCGUCCAGGAAUUCUUCACUUUGCAUCGCGCGUUAGGGUUCAAAGAAAAGUCAAGCUAUCUCCACGGGCUGGAGAAACACAGCACGGAGCGCAUCAAGUUCUUCGAGAAGCAUUUCCCCGGCCAUCCUCCGCAGGAGUGUCACUGCCAGGUCCAGGAACACGCAAAUAAGUUGGUCAAAAACGAGAUUGCACCCUUCAUCGGGAGCCUACGAAAACCGUGCGCGCGCGAUGAUCGUCGGCCUGAACUUCAAGAGUGGCGGUCCAUCGCCGAUGACUCCCGCGAGCGGCACGCCGGAGUCUCGGAUCGUCGUCUCCUUGAAGAACGCGGUGACCAGCUUCGACUUCUCCCACGAGAUGUGCGUCUUGGGGAUGCACCCGAAGUGGCCCUGGAGCUUGAGGCCCCAGAGCGUGCGCGUCUCCGCGGGCGGGCUCGUCGCGUAGCCGGCCUCGGCGAACGCGUAGAAGUACUCGAGCUGGUCGUCCGUGGUCCCCUCGUCGAGCAAGUAGAUCCACGCCUCGUGCCACGCCGUCUGCGCGUCGUCGUCGCCGAGGCCCUUCUUGAGCACGCCCGUGGGGAUGACGCCGACGCAGAGCUUCUCGUCGAACCCGUGCUUCGUGAAGACCGCGCCCUCCGCGCCGAUGUACUCCGCCCACUGCUUGAGCGUCGUGAACGAGUACGAGAUGGUCCUCCGGCGGACCGCGACGUCGCCCGAGUAGGUCUGCUGCUUCUUCGGGUUCUUCGCGACGAGCUCGUCGCGCGAGGCGCGCGCCGACAUGAAGAGCAGGUCGAACUCGUCGGCGGUCUUGACCUCGAGCUUGACUUCGCGCAUCAACGUCGCGUCCAGCCCGGAGAUGCCCCGCGGGACCUGCUUGCGCAGGACCCCGCGCAAGAGGAACAGCGCCUGGCGCGCGUUGUGCAGCGCGUGGACGCCCUUGAAGAGGAAGGAGCACUCGCCCUCGAGCGUGCCUGUGGCUCGGCCCAGGCCAAAACACCGAGCAUCACACCCGAAAACACGCGGACCGAGGGUCACACUGGGCAUCACACCAACACACCUGGGCAUCACACCUGA